UACAAGUUUGACAACUGAAAAUGUUCAGAACAGAACACUAGAACAUGGACUUUAAAGCAACGUGAAAUAUAAUCCAAAGGAUGGGUGUGGAAAAUGAACAUUUUGGACCAUUUACUUUUACUCCCAUCCAAGACGGCAACGACUUGUUCAUUACAAAUUCCAUAAAAAAAAAGACUAAGAAAAAGACUACAUAUUUCCCCAACACUUAUAUUCGUUACCAUGUUCUUCUUUGUCCCUUCACUCCUCCCUCAAACAUGAACACAACCCACCAAACACACUCUCUUCACGAGAGUGGAGGAGACACAGAAUUCAGUUUCUGGCGUUCAUCAAACACCACACUUUCUAGCGAUUGUGAUCAACCACAAGGCAAUGAUGCAAGGUUCAAUAAGGAAGCAGAUUUUGGAGAAACACACCAAGGGAAAAACUUAAAGUUUGAGUAUUCACCUUUUUGUUCUACGGCUUCUCACCCUUCAAGGAGCAAAGCUAUUGCACACGGACAAAGGGAACUUAUGGAGAUGGUGAAAGACAUGCCUGAGUCUGGCUAUGAACUCUCUUUUCAAGACAUGGUGGUUCAUGAGAAGCAUGUGCUGGAACCAGAACAACCACAUCAAAAUGAAACUUCCCUGAACAACACACACAUGCAAAGUAGUGGCAAAGCUCAACUCAAAAAGCUAAAGAAGAAGAAGAAAAUCAAAGGUAAUAGUAGACCUGGUCAGAUAUUGCGGGUUGAAAGCAUGGACAGUGAAACCUUCCUCCUGAAGUUGUUCUUUCCAAUCUCUCUUGAUUGGAUGAAGAAGGAUAAAAUGAAGAAUGAGUCCAAGGUUUCUUCUAGACCUUCAUUGCAGGAAUCUAUAAAACAAGUGGGAAAAGAUUGGAGAAUUAAACGAUUUUCCCUUUCAGGAAACAACACAGAAGAUGGCAUGAGUGACACAAACAGGUAUUUUGAUCACAGUUCUUCAUUCUCAAAUGGAUGCUGGUCAUUCCUUCCUUGUGCAAAAAGCAAACAAAGAAUAUGAGAGGGUGAAUUACUUAUAAUGGAAAUACAAAACAUGGAGUGCCAUAGAAAUUCACAACAGUAAUAAAAAUGUGAAAGAGUAUUCCAGGGCAUGAAAAAUCCCAAAGGAAGACACCAUAGAUUUUAACUCCCAGGUUUGAUAGUCAAGGAAAUUCAUUUCAUUAGUUAGUAUUGAGAAAUGUAAAGACCACCAACAACUUCUCUUUGGUCAUAAUAUCAGAGCACAUAGCAUAUGUCAAGAAUUUUGCAGUCCGAUAAUUGAAAGUUCAACUUUUGUUUCUAAA